AUGGAGGAGGAGCUGAAGUGCCCCGUGUGCGGCUCCCUGUUUCGGGAGCCCAUCAUCUUGCCCUGUUCUCACAACGUCUGCCUUCCUUGCGCUCGCACCAUCGCCGUGCAGACACCGGACGGUGAGCAGCACCUGCCCCAGCCGCUUCUGCACUCCCGGGGCUCGGGGCUACCCGCCGGCGCCGGCGCGGCGCCCCCUCUGGACCACGACGCUGCGGCGGGCCCGGCCUGCAGCGGCGCGAGCGGGAGCGCAGCCGGCGGCCUGGGCGGCGGUGCGGGAGGUGGCGGGGACCACGCGGACAAGCUGAGCUUGUACAGUGAGACAGACAGCGGUUAUGGUUCCUACACCCCCAGCCUCAAGUCCCCCAACGGGGUUCGCGUGCUGCCCAUGGUGCCUGCGCCGCCUGGCUCUUCGGCCGCCGCGGCCCGGGGUGCCGCCUGCUCCUCGCUGUCCUCGUCCUCCUCAAGCUCCAUCACGUGCCCGCAGUGCCACCGCAGCGCGUCCCUGGACCACCGAGGCCUGCGCGGCUUCCAGCGCAACCGGCUGCUCGAGGCCAUCGUGCAGCGGCACCAGCAGGGCCGCGGGGCCGUGCACGGGGCGUCCGCAGCCGCUGCAGUGGCCAUCUGCCAGCUGUGCGACCGCACCCCGCCGGAGCCGGCCGCCACGCUGUGCGAGCAGUGCGACGUGCUCUACUGCGCUGCCUGCCAGCUCAAAUGCCAUCCGUCCCGAGGACCCUUCGCUAAGCAUCGCUUGGUGCAGCCGCCGCCGCCGCCCGCGCCCGCCGAGGCCGCCUCAGCAUCCCCAGGCGCGGCCCAGGGCGCCCCCAGCGGAGGCGGCGGCUGCAAGAGCCCGGGGGGCGCCGGAGCGGCGGGGGGCAGCUCGGCCCGCAAGUUCCCUACGUGCCCCGAGCACGAAAUGGAGAGCUACAGCAUGUACUGCGUGAGCUGCCGAACGCCGGUGUGCUACCUGUGCCUGGAGGAGGGCCGUCACGGCAAGCACGAGGUGAAGCCGCUGGGAGCCAUGUGGAAGCAGCACAAGGCCCAACUGUCCCAGGCCUUAAAUGGGGUUUCUGAUAAGGCGAAAGAAGCAAAGGAGUUUCUGGUCCAGCUGAAGAACAUCCUGCAGCAGAUCCAGGAAAACGGACUGGACUACGAAGCCUGCCUGGUUGCUCAGUGUGAUGCGCUGGUCGACGCUUUAACUCGGCAGAAAGCCAAGCUGCUCACCAAGGUCACCAAAGAGAGGGAGCACAAGCUGAAGAUGGUUUGGGACCAGAUCAAUCACUGCACUUUGAAGCUGCGCCAGUCCACGGGGCUGAUGGAGUACUGCCUGGAGGUGAUCAAGGAGAACGACCCCUCCGGGUUCCUGCAGAUCUCGGACGCUCUGAUCAAGCGUGUCCAGGUGUCUCAGGAGCAGUGGGUCAAAGGUGCCCUGGAGCCAAAAGUGUCUGCGGAGUUUGAUCUGACCUUGGACAGCGAGCCGCUGCUGCAGGCCAUCCACCAGCUGGACUUCAUCCAGAUGAAAUGUAGGGUACCACCCGGCCCCCUGCUGCAGCUGGAGAAGUGCUGUACCCACAACAACAGUGUCACGCUGGCCUGGAGGAUGCCGCCCUUCACCCACAGCCCCGUGGACGGCUACAUCCUGGAGCUGGAUGACGGCGACGGGGGCCAGUUCCGGGAAGUGUAUGUUGGCAAAGAGACCUUGUGCACCAUCGACGGUCUGCAUUUCAACAGCACCUACAAUGCCAGGGUCAAAGCUUUCAACUCCUCCGGCGUCGGGCCUUACAGUAAAACCGUCGUCCUGCAGACUUCUGAUGUGGCCUGGUUCACCUUUGACCCCAACUCUGGGCACCGGGACAUCAUUUUAUCCAAUGACAACCAGACGGCCACCUGCAGCAGCUAUGACGACCGGGUGGUGCUGGGCACGGCGGCUUUCUCCAAGGGCGUGCACUACUGGGAGUUGCAUGUGGAUCGGUACGACAACCACCCAGACCCCGCCUUUGGGGUGGCCAGGGCCAGCGUGGUCAAGGACAUGAUGCUGGGCAAGGAUGACAAGGCCUGGGCCAUGUACGUGGACAACAACCGCAGCUGGUUCAUGCACUGCAACUCCCACACCAACAGGACGGAAGGCGGCGUGUGCAAGGGGGCCACUGUUGGGGUGCUCCUGGACCUGAAUAAGCACACUCUGACCUUUUUCAUCAAUGGGCAGCAGCAGGGCCCCACAGCCUUCAGCCACGUGGACGGGGUCUUCAUGCCGGCCCUCAGCCUCAACCGCAACGUGCAGGUCACCCUGCACACAGGACUGGAAGUGCCAACAAACCUGGGGCGGCCCAAGCUGUCAGGCAACUAG